AUGCUUCAAAACAUCGUAACCUUGCUUUCAAUAGUCGCUACUCUCCCCUUGUUUGGAUAUUCCACGCCUGUGAGCCAUAAUGGCACAAUUCCCACUACCAACGAAACGGCGCCAUAUAUUGCACCUCACAGGACGCCAGCGCCCCCACCCAUUGCUGUUCCCACUUCUAACGUAACAUUGCAAUACGUCCCACCUCCCACAAACCCUCUCCCUCCAAGCGACGGCUAUAUGCAAGUCAUCCAGCUCGACGGCGACGGCUUCACACUGGGCGGCACUGCCCAAGUGGGCAGAUUCCGGACUUCGGACUCGUCGAUCAUCUGGGGUGCAUAUAUUAUUGCGAGACAGAACAAUGGCUUUCGAGAUGGGAGUUGGGGCGCAAAGACGGAUUGCUUCUUCGAGCCGGGUCCGUAUCCCCCGAUACGGGCGUUCAUUGCGGGUCAUGAUAAUGAGAAGGGGGUUUGGUCGGACUCGACUGAUAUUGGGAACGUGGGGUGCUCGUUGGUGUGA